UUUUCCAGUAUUUGCUCUGCUUUUGAAACGAUCAAACGAUAGAAAACGUUUUGGAAUUUUGUUACAACAGACGCAAUACCUCUGUGGCAGUACUGUAGAAGAAAGCUUCUUUGGUCGUGUUUGAUAAUAGUUAUUCGAAUCCAAGUUUUUUAAAAGAAGUUACUUAACCUUAGACUAAAUCAAAAAGUGAAAGGAAAUGAUUGCUCCUACACGAUGUCUUUUUCUGGAAAAUUGUCAUCUAUAUUACCCAUUUGGAAACACUCGAGUUCGAAACGUUCUGAAAGAUUUCAAUAACAAAAGCUUUGGUAAGAAGACUGGCAGUACACCUACUCAGGUUCUAUUUCUUGGAUCUGGGGACAUGAGAAACACACUUCAGGCAACAACAACUGAGCAUGUCAAUAGUUUUCACUUCCAUCUCAACGAUAAUUGUCCAUCAAUUCUGGCUCGCAACAUCAUGAUGUUGAAAAUUUUAUCAGCUCAAGAUUUCGAUCCCAAUAAGGAACAAGAUUUCAGCUUUCUGUGGGAUGUUUGGUAUAAUACUGAAUGGCCAGAGGUCACUAGAAAAAGAUUUCUCAUUGCUUUAAAUGAGCUGUUGGAUGACAAGUUACCAGAAAAUGUUAUUGUUCCUGAUCCGAUGCAUUACAAAAGUCUGAAGAAAAUCUGGAAAGUUUGGUACACUAUUUCUUCAAGAAACCAAUCAGAAUCUGAAAUGCUAUUGUGUAAAACCAAGAAAAAGAGGUCUGAAGUUAUUGUGACAUCGCAUGAAUUGGUCAUGUCCCCCCCUCACAAUUCAGAUGAAAAAAUAACCAACACCGCAGCUUUUUCUAGAGCAGUAAACGAGAUUACCCAGAAUUUAAUGAAGAGAUAUAUGAUAGAAGAAAUGGAUGACUCCGUGGGGCGGAUAAUUGAGCAGGAAUUUCAAGCGUUUUACGAAAGAGGCAGCUGCCGACUCCAAAAUGAAUUGAAAACGGUGUGUAUUAAUCCGACGUUUCUAAAUCCAGACACCGAGCAAUGGCAAGUCUUCCACUCAUUGUGCCCUUUCCGUGGGUAUCUUCCAUUAUCGCAAGAAGAAAUGAUAACGUCAGUUAAAGACAAAAUUCUUCUACCAACGUGCCAAAAAAUCCUUAAAAACCUUGUGGCAUCCUACCGCAGUCGUAUUGCAAACAUCAAAGUAUUUUUCUACUUGGAAGAUGCCCUGGAAUUUUGUUUCACGAACGCAAACAAGUUUGACGUCAUCGACUGUUCUAACCUCGCAGAUCAUAUUGGACUUGCUAAUCUACUCAACGCUGCAAGUGGAAGAUUGUCGAAUAAUCCGGGAGCCGUUUUGUUUACUGAAAGUAUGGAUUGGGGCGAAUUCGCUCCUUCUGUGGAGAUGUACGUCGAACAUGUUCUUUGCUGCCCUUUGAGCAUGAUCCCCACAAUUUAUGGAUUGAAACUGAAUGAGCACGUGGAACUUGGAUCUCUGUGUCUACCUAGUUGGUAUUUCGCCGCCCCGCCCAACCUUUCCUGGCAGAAAGCAAUUCCUUUUCAGAAUAUUGUUAUGUCUCCUUCCUCCACUCUUACGGAUUUUUUAAACCAGCUGGCCCAGAAAUGUUUCGUUAGCGAGCGCCUUCCAGACAGCAGUCGGGUUUUGAGUCAUCGAAUGGCAGCGUUAGAGAGGCAUUUCUCUCCGUUAACAUUUCACUACAUCGUCAGUUCCAUGACACAACGCCUUGGAGGAGAUCACUGGUUCAAAGAUGCUCACCUAUUGGAAAUUCCUGCCGUUUUCAACAUCACAAGACGUACAAUGGAGGCAUGGGAAAAAGGCCAGGAAAUUUUGAAGAUGACAGCAGAAAUCCCAAUCAACUCUAUUAACGGAGAUGCCUUAAAGAUAUUAAUUCCGCAGUUGGGUGCACCUACUUUUCGAUUGGUUCUCGUGCCUUGUAGUGUGACGUUUGACAACCAUUUCAUUCACGGAAUCAUUCGCAAGUAUUCCAAUACCACCUUUUCCAGUUUGAAUGAAGCUCACUUCAUCGACAAUUUCUCACUACAAAUGAAAGAAAAAAGCGAGAAAAUUGUCGCUACCUUUUUAAUGGCGUCUGAUCACAACCUUCCUGAAGUGUACUGUGUAUAUGUGAUUGAAAGUGUGAAUCAUUGUCCUGUGCUCAGUUUCGGUUCUCUGAAAUCCAUGCACACUGAAAUGUUUCAUCUUCCUUACACGUUUCCUCAUCAAACAUCUUCCCCUGUUGUUGUUCCUCGUCCUGGAGCAUCGUUGAUGAAAGUCGCCAGCUGUAUCGAGUCCGAGGAUCAAUUCAAACUUAAGAUAAUCAUCGACUGUAACCAGAAUGUUUCAGGACUAACAGUUUCCACAGACCAAUCGGAACCUUGCCAGUCUGCCCAUCAAGUUACUCUAUCUCUAAAGCAGCCUUCCAAAAGAAAUUCUUUGACUUUGUCAUUUCCUUUUCCUAUUCUUGUCAACGAAAUCAGCGCUACUCUUCAUCGUACCGACCGUUCUAUUGAUCUGGUAUUAAAGAAAGGAUUGUUGGAGCCGUGGCCGAUUGAGUUUCAGUCAACCGAUGAAUGGAAAUGGAAGGUUGAUUCUUUGAAACAUUGGAAAAAUAAUGCGAGCCGUUACAUUUCGGAAUUUGUAAGCUCCACCUCGUUGGAAUUCCAUCUCAAAUCGCAAUUCAACUGGGAUUUAAAAUUGGACGAUCCAGGAGAUGUAUCUCCAUCAGUCAUAGAACCUUCCCAGUGGAACUUGAGGGCUGAGCAAUUGAACAAAAAAGAAGCUUUGCAAACUUUCCGGAAUAGGUUCCAGUCGCUUCUUGUUGACCCAACUACAAAGGAUCUCGAAUAUUUUGGUAUUCAACCAACUGGAUCGUCAACUACGGAUUGGUGCAUCAUGGUUUUAAUCCACAAGCCCCUUCUCACAUCUCCUCUGGGCAGUCCGAUUCUAUUGUUGACUGUGAUUGACAAACUGAUGGCCAAUAUCCUUAAGAAACAAGGGAAGUUGAACGAGAAGACAUAUACGAAGGAAUACAGCAAAACUGUCAAAAGUAUUACAGGAAAAAUGGGUAGAGUAAUAUCUGUUGAACCCUACGAAUUGCUGCUAUGGAACUUCAUCUUGAGACUCAACUCGACUAAAAUCGUGCCUGGUUCAGAGCAAACAAGACACCUUCCUUCGGGAAUGAACAGCUCUUGGUUGUUUGCUACCUUCAUGUCUCCGCUUUAUGCCGAUGCUCCUGCUAAUCCAAAAGGCUGCACCAGUGCGAUGUACUCUACACAUCCGAAAAUUGCCGACGAAAAUUGUUGUGGAGCAUGCAAGAAAGUCCCCCAAAUUCCGAAGCGUUGCAGUCGCUGCCGUUCCAUCGUUUACUGCAGUGUCGAAUGUCAGCGCAGUAAUUGGCCGCAACACAAAGUGCUGUGUAAUCGCAAGUAGUAAAAACAAACCAGCACAUCCCGUGAAGUCCGUUCUUGUUCAAUUUUUCAUUAUUAAUUUUGCGGUAAAUUUAAUUUUUCAUACCACAAUCUUAUUGGAAUGUUGAUAAGCAAGUGUUUGAUUGUCGCUGAAUGUUUUUUCAUGGAAAUUGGUAUAAAUUGUUUCAAUUAGAAUAAAAGCUUCAUUCAGAAAAAGAA